CUGACUUGCCUAUGACUCCUUUCUUUCUUAAUUCGGGAGAUAAAGCCUCAAGUCUAUGCUGUGAUGCUGCAGAGUGUGUUGUGGUGUUCAGGACGGUGCAUCUCCCUGAGAGAAGAGCUUCUUGUCAACCUCUCAGUGGUACCCAGAGGCAGUGAUCCAGAUGGACAGAGCAGUAAGGCGUUUGGAGCCAUGGAAGAUUGCUGUAAUWGUUGUGUCCGUGAUAGUAGGCUUAGCCCUCAUCAUUGGCUUGAUUACAUUUCUUUUGUGCCACGAUCAAGACAGAUAUUACAAUGCAUCUUUCCUAAUCACCAAUGUCAACUACAGUCCUCAGUAUGAAAGGCAAACUACAGAUGAAUUCAGGAACCUAAGYGAAGAUAUUGAAACCAUGAUAUCUGAAGUAUUCAGGGGGUCCUUUCUAAGUAAAAGGUACCUCAGGUCCCACGUUGUCAGUCUAAGCCCAGAUCCUGGUGGAGUGGUUGCAUCUGUUGUUCUGGUAUUUAAAUUUCCCUCUGCUGACAGUGAAGCAACGACCUGGGGUCACGUCAACCGUGUGUUACUCAGAAGGCUGAAAGCAACCUCAACAUACCUGGAUGUUGACCAGUCUACUGUUAGACUCACAGAGUUGAACAAGGAAAAAGGAGAUAACCUUUUAAACAACUGCUGUGGAAUACGAAGACAGGCAUUCUCCUUCACAGGAGUGGAGAGAAUAACUGGUGGGCAGCGUGCACGGGAGGGAGAAUGGCCAUGGCAGGCAAGUAUUCAGCUUGAUGGGACCCAUCGCUGUGGUGCAUCAAUCAUCAGUAACACCUGGCUUGUGACUGCAGCCCACUGCUUUAGAGGAGUAAGAGACCCUCGGAGGUGGACUGCCAGCUUUGGAAUUCUGCUGAGACCUCCAAAACAGAAAAAAUUUGUCCGGAGAAUUAUUGUUCACGAAAGAUACAGUGACCUUCUCCUUGAUCAUGAACAUGAUGUGGCUGUUGUGGAACUUGCCUCUGCUAUUGAAUUCACAAGUGAUGUGCACAGUGUCUGCCUACCUGAAGCAACUCACAUUUUCCCAGACAACAUUUCCUGUUUUGUCACUGGCUGGGGAGCUUUGGAGAAUGAUGGCUAUAGUGUUAAUCAGCUUCGACAAGCAGAAGUGAGAAUUAUAAGUACUGAGAUUUGCAAUAGGAGACAAGUGUAUGGUGGAGCAAUAACACCUGGAAUGUUGUGUGCUGGAUACUUGGAGGGACAGGUGGAUGCUUGCCAGGGUGAUUCUGGCGGGCCACUGGUGCAUGCGAAUUCCAGAGGAAUCUGGUAUCUGGUGGGAAUAGUGAGCUGGGGAGAUGAAUGUGGCAAGCGAAAUAAACCAGGAGUGUACACACGAGUGACUUACUAUCGAAACUGGAUCCACUCCAAAACGGGCAUCUGAAACCUGGAGCAGGUUAAGUUUUGUGGGCUGUGUACAGCUAUUCCUCUGACACAUGCUGCUCCGUGGUCACCCUCUAAGCAGCUGCUGGCUUAGCUUGUGGUCAUGUAUAAAGUACCUGUAAGCUUGGAGCAGUCUAGGACUUGAAACUGGUGGUUUGGCCUACAGCCAGAUGGGGAUGGACUUGAUCCAUGGGACAGUUGUUUGCUCAGGAAGUAGUCUAUCAGAGGGACAACUGCCUUUGUCUAUAUGCAAUAUAUUGACCCUUUUUUCUCCAUGGCUGCGUCUUGGCCCCAGCUUUUAUACCCAAGCAAAGUGUUUGAGUCCAAACAAUCAUCUAUGAGCAUCCAAGAGAAGCUUUAACUGAAACCUGUCCCAUCCAUUUGCUGUGUGCUCAAAAGGCCCUAUCUAUCUUUAGACAAGCUACAAUCCAGCCCCUGACUCCAAGGCUGCUGUACAGCUGAAUUCUUGAGCUUUCUCCUGUAUCAUUCCAGGGAGUGUACCAUAAUAAAGAAUGGAAGAUGGCUUAGAGAAGUCCUGGUUCCUAAUACCACAUCGGACUGUUACUUAAGGGAAUAGAGAAUUAUUCCUUGCCUGAAAAAGGAAUUAAUGGAGAACACCAGYUUGUGUCCACCUGCUUUGAACAAGGGAAUGUAUGCCCACCCAUCACUUCAUAUAAACAGCCUCUACUACAGCAUUUGCCAUGGGAAUGAUUGCUGGAAUUAAGACCAAAAUCCACUUUUUAUUCAUAUCAAUCUGUUGUCAUAGCAAAGUAUUUGGCUGAAUUAAUUUCCAUUUUUGACUUUCCAGAGUGUGUUUUUCUGAAUAAAAAUCCUUUCCUUUUUGUGCAGAAUGGACGAUUAUACCAAUCUUAGUAUGACCAUUGUAAAAAAUAACUUCUCAGACUUCUUAUUCUUGUGAAUGCUAUUUUCAAGUCUUCAUAAUUUUGUAGGUGCAUCUUUAGCUGAAUCUUGUAAAAAAGCCCCAAACUUUUACAUUACAGUGGAAAUGCCCCUCUCCUUCAGAGCAGGGCAGAACUUCUGACAGACUCAGAAAUCUUAUGUACAGAUCUUUCUUUUCCCACAAAAAGAAAGACUUGCCUGUGUUACAUUGCCAGACUGACUCAUUUGAUCUCAACCACACAAACCUCAUAGUCUCUCUGACUUCAUGUCUUCAGGAGCCCAUGUUUCUACAACCCAGCAUCAGAAYACACCUAUUUUUGGUGAGGAUACUCUCCUUGGUGUGUCUGCAAGCUUUCUAACACUUCUUGUGGAUCCUGAUCCUCACAACGGCAAGUGCUGUGAACUUAAUUGCUGGAUAAUAAGCCACACAAYUGCUUUCUUCUCCUCUGUGGUCAGAAGAGAAAGAACUCAGCAGAGGAGACCCUGGCCACAUUGCCAAGACUCAGAGGUGGUCCAGCAUGGCAAGCAAACAAGAAUCUCAUACCAGGCUUGAAAAAGCAGACAGCAAGCUUUCAGCAUGCUCUUAGUUGGAAGGGUCAGGGGAAACAGACCCUCAGUGAUUACAGUCUUAGGAUCAGAGUGUUGCUCAAGUUGAGCACCAGUCAUCUGGUGAAGUCAGUGGCAGUUCAGGGAUUCCUUCUGGGCUGUGCACCUUGCUGCUAGUCCUGCCAAACAGAGCAGCAAUCCCUCCAGAGCAGUGAUAACAUUAUUUUGAUAACAUAUCCUGUGAUUUGACUGUUUGUCAGUACAGGGAAACAUGUUUUUGUAGACCCUCACUAWAGGUACUCAAAUAUUUGGAUGCCCAGGAUGGUCUGCUGCUGUUGUGUGUUUUAUGCUUGUGUAUACCUUGUGCUUAUUUUUUUUUCUCAGGGAACUUUUCUUGUGGAAUGUUGUGAGCUUCGGAAGCAAAACUUGGUGGCUUAAUUUCUACAUAAYGAAUAAAAACUGUCAGACUGGUUCCAUAGGUCUGAGCCCAACAGAUUUCAUUUUAUCCUCUUCAGCAGAACAUGACUUUGAAGUAUGUUGCUUGUUAGAAGAAAGGUUAGAAUUGAUAAAUGAUAAAUAUAUAUGAAUUAUUUUCUUGGUCAUAGCAAUUGUGWUACCAGGAGGGUGAAUAAAAUUUUAUAUUUGUGAAGAAAAGCAUCAUUACAAGACACUGUGGAUUUCCAGUUCUCAAAGCAUUUUAGGCUUGGGUUUUCAAAGGGCAUAAUGGUUUCCCCAUCCUGCUGGAUUUCAUUGUAACUUGCAUACUUACCAUUUUUAGGGCUGUAAAUAUCAACUUUCUUACCAAUUCCCCCAAUCAGAAAAGUAGAUGUCCAAAAAUUUUAUUUUGAAUCUGUGAACUUUCCAAUUGUGCUUAUUUUGGGUACAAUAUCAGAAAGCCUUAAGCAUUUCACUCUGUAUCAAGGGCUGGAGUAAGUCUCAUUCUCCCAAGUGGUGCACUCAAGACUGAAAAUCUCAACUUAUCAUUUGCUCAAGGAGCUGCCAGUACUGAGAAUCUAUUUGUAGAGGUACAGUACCUGAUUCACCUUAAUGCUGAGUGCCAGCACAGUGCAGCCAGGAGGAGUGGGAUGAAGAGGACCUAACAUCUACCUGAUGUGCAUUUUGGGAACCUUUCUUCUGGACUACUUUGUGGAGUUUCUCCUUACAGCAUCUGGAAAUUUCUGUUCCAGUUUCUCCUGGAGGCAAUGCWGUUUACAUGCUCUGAGGCCUUUUGGUGGUGCAAAGCAGUGCAAUUGGUGAUUAUCAAGGAGAGUACUUGAAAGAACAAACUUCAUCCAAGGGAGCGAGCGUUGGUGUGGCUGGACAUGAUGGGCCUGAAUCCCUUACUUGUGGCAAAACUACACUGAUGUCAUCCUUGACUGGCUUUUCAUGAGGGAAAUUAUGGAAAUCUGAAACCAAAUUUUUUUAUUUGGUUUAAGGUGGUCUMGCAGAGUUCUAUUUAUUUUAAGCUGCAUUUUCACCUAUUCGUGAGGCCACAAGCUACAAUUUCUCUCAUCUGUGUUUUUGGAGGAAUUAACAUCUUCACUCAAGGCAGAAUGGGAGAUAUCUAGCUAUACAAACAUGCAUGACACUCUGGAAUGUAAUUUAUAUGUAAUUUAAUAAAAUCUGUUAAAUUUA